UCCAAACAUACGAGUUGCGUUUCGGAGCAUUGGAAGUACGAGUUUCACUCUCGGCUACCAAAGGAAGGUGGAAUUGGCGUAAAAUUUAUCCGACCCGGUGGAACUCAUUCCCGUCAAAGCACCAAACUCGAGUCCGGAGCUCUACACAAUUCCGGAAUCCGGACCAUCUGCUCCACACUCAGUCAUCGUCUUCUUCCAUGGAAAUACCCGCCGCCGUGAAGCUUCCGGUUACGCCCCCAAUUCACUGGUCGCUGUCUUCCUUCUUAACCGCUCCGUCAAGACUACCACAUCCUACUCCGUUAUCUGUGUCACGAAAUACUCUCAGCGCCCCUGUUUGUUCCACCGUCCGGCUCCCUACCCUCCGCAUUUCAGCUGCUUUGUCACUGAGCACGGAAGUUACCGAGAAAGAUUCUCCCGCGUCAUUUCUCGAUCGUAAAGAAAGUGGACUACUUCACUUCGUCAAGUAUCAUGGCCUCGGCAACGAUUUCAUAUUGGUUGAUAAUAGAGAUUCAGCAAAACCUAAAAUCACUCCCGAGCAGGCUGUGAAACUGUGUGAUAGAAAUUUCGGCAUUGGUGCUGAUGGUGUGAUUUUUACAAUGCCUGGUACCAACGGGACUGAUUAUACCAUGAGGAUAUUCAAUUCUGAUGGUAGUGAGCCUGAGAUGUGUGGUAAUGGAAUUCGAUGCUUUACCAAAUUUAUAUGUGAGCUUGAGAAUUUACAUGGCAAGCAAAGUUUCACCGUACACACGGGAGCUGGCUUAAUCAUUCCUGAGAUGCAAGAAGAUGGAAAGGUUAGGGUUGACAUGGGUGAGCCAGUGCUGAAGGCAUCAGACGUCCCCACAAAAUUACCAGCAAACAGAGAUCAAGCUGUUGUUAAAGGAGGUCUGGUUGUGGAUGGAAAUACUUGGAAUGUUACAUGCGUUAGCAUGGGAAAUCCUCAUUGUGUUACUUUUGGUACAGGAAGUGAGGAUUUGCAAGUGGACGAGAUAAACUUGGCAGAUAUAGGCCCAAAGUUUGAAAAUCAUGUUAUGUUUCCUGCACGAACUAACACUGAAUUUGUCCAAGUAUUGUCUCCUGCACACCUUAAAAUGCGUGUUUGGGAGCGCGGGGCAGGUGCAACCCUGGCUUGUGGAACUGGAGCUUGUGCAGUAGUUGUUGCUGCCGUGCUUGAGGGUCGUGCUGCAAGGAGGUGCACUGUAAAUUUACCAGGCGGACCACUUGAGAUAGAGUGGAAGGAGGAUGACAACCAUGUUUAUAUGACUGGCCCUGCACAAGUCGUCUUUUAUGGAUCUGUUCCUCUUUAAGCCCCCCCACCCCACAGGCCUUAGCCUCAACUGCUAUGAGAACAUUAGAAGGGCAUUUCUUCAGAUACUGAUGAUGUUUGUAACUUUGUAACUUAUCAUCAGUGCCGGUCCUAUCUUAAUUUGGGCCUGAGUCGAAUUUCACAGAAGGCCAUGUAGACUAUAAUAGAUUACUCCGUAUAAUAUUUCGUAAGUCUAAUUUGUUUUUAUGUUAAAUAUUAAACAUCACAAACAAUAACUAAUUAUGUUAAAUGCCUAUACUAUUGUACUAUGUGCUUAUAUAACAAUUGUUUU